UUGUGCCAAGGCAAAUUCGCUUUGUUUACAUAUUUCUUUAUUUCUAUAUUGUUAUUCAAAAUAUUUCUAACAGUUAUAUUGAAACGCAAAAAAUUAAGAUUAUCAGUAUAUAACGUCGUAUUAUUGCAUUGUUAUUUUGAAUGGAAACAUGGUGAAAUGUGUAUUGUGCGCAAAGACGAUGAUCUUGGUAUGGUAGGAACAUGCGCAUCUUAAAUAUAUGGGUUUUGGUAUAUUUUACUACUAAUAGCGUGACUGCUAAGAUUACUGUUAACAAAGUUAUUGUACGCAUACCUAAGCCGAUGGAUAUUGGCCUUAUAUUUGAUUUAACAGUUAAAAAUGUCCGGAGCAAAGAAGCAGAGCCAUUAGAAUUUCGCAUACAUUCAAAUGGCACUUGUUGUGUAAAUUUAACGGAAAAUACAAUUAUGAAAAAUGCUGGCCGCGUGGUGGGCGGAAGUUUCGGAGUCCUUCAACCGGGGGCCACAGAAUUAAUAUCUUUGAUUUGGCCAACAGUUUCUCUGUAUAAUCGUGUGGGAUCUUGCCCAAUCGUUUUAACAUCAAAAAAUGCUCGAAACAUCGAAGAACAUCAGAAACACACCAUUAAAUUUGAUACACGUUUUACAACGCUGGAUCCCGAAGGACGCACAUUAAGGAAAUGGCCAAACUAUAAAGAUUGCAAAAACUGGGAUAAAGAAUAUCUGCAGAAUUGCACCCCCGUCAACUGUGAAGAACGUUAUUUUGGGCAGCGCAGUUUUUAUAAUAAAACCACACAACAUUGUGAUGAGGUGCCACGCUGUGAUAAACCAAAUAUGAUCUAUGAUUUGUAUAACAAUGACUGUCUAAUUCCGGAAAACUUUUUUACUGCCGAAGAUAUGAAAAGAAUACAAAGUGGUGAUUACGUAGACGAAGCUGAACAUGACGAAACUGGACAUGAAGAAGCGCCAGAAAUGAAAAACAAUGGCGAAAAUAUGGGCGACACACCGUUCAGCAAAAUGAAGGAAACAUGCGACAACAAAAAUAAACCACAUCCUCAGCAACAACAGCAACAUUUUGGCGCGAAACGGGCUGCCGAUGCUUUUGAUGAAGAGUUCAAUAAUUUAAUGCAAUCUCAAUUCGUUGAUCCAGUUGGUGGUGAUGGUCCAAAGCCUACAGUGGCGCCCAUAGCAGCAGAAAACGGUUAUAUACCAUAUUGGUUGAAGGGCAUAUUGGAAGGUCUAGUGGUAGUUGGUGCUAUAAUAUUUUUGCAGGUUCUGGCCACACUUACUAUUUACGUGCUCAUUUGUUUUGUGAUCUUUCUGAUUGUCACAUGGAUAUCACGUCGUCAAUUUAAGAGCAAUGCGAAAGCAACUUGUGUAUUGCGUUCGCCGGCGCCAUCGGAUGUUGGAGAGGAACCACUGAUAACACCAUCCAGUUUGCUAUCUCAGCGUUGAUUGUAUCAGGAAGAAUGGAUGGGCCAACCUUUGUGCAUCGAAGUGUAUGAAGGUUUCAACCAAUUUUGUUUGCUUUUAUUGCUUCUGUUUUGUGUAGAUAAGAAACUUUGAAAACGAAAUUCGGAAAUUCGGCCACAUCAAAAAAAGUGAAAGAGUCACUUAAAAAUUUUCUGUCACCUUUUUAUUUUGGAGGCAAAUUAUACUUGUUUGUAUGAAUGUAUGCAUGUAUGCAUGUAUAUUCUUGUCUCUGAAUAUUUUUUAUGAUAAUUCGGCUGCGAUUUUUGGAGAGCGGCGUCAGAAAAAUAAACUUACUUUGAAAAUAUGCA